AUGGACUUGAAAACGUGGGGAGACGGGCGCUUCAUGAAACGGAGGAAGACUGACGGACUCAACUCUCGCUUUGACCGAAUGAUUGAGACGGUCAGCGUACUCCACUCGUCUCCAUCUACUUCCUCGAGUUCCCGAACACGCCGACGCCACGCAGCCUCAUCUUCUUCGCUUAGCGCCACAAGCUACGACGCACCGAAGACGCCGGUAGACGCAUAUAGCGGAUUCGAUGAGGGCAGACUCGGCGAGGGAUUCUCUGUGAUCAAGAUGCGGCGCGCUCACGCGAAAGACAAUUUAUUAGACCACUCAAACGAGGGCAGAGCCAACUAUAUGCGCUCAAAAAAGAGAGCGCUGCCAGCGCCGGUGCCCAAUUGGCUAUGCAAUACACUGUCGGACCUGGAAACUCAUCAUCCUCUCCGAGGCUUGGUGUCAGAGACAUCUGCAAACGUUGGAGGGAACAACCGAGGACGCAAUUCACAUGGUGUAAGCCCAGAUGUUGCCGCAGAAGUCGCAAGAUCGCCCGUCUACAAUCGAGCUGACUUGGAGGACCCUGUAUUUGCUUUCGCCCCUCCCACUGACCUGCCCGCUCUAUCGUGUCCUGUCUCAUCAACUGCUCGGCAAGAGGCACAGCGAAGCCCACCACCACAUUGCCCAACAUUGCCCGUGCCGUCCCACGAAUUGCAUAACGGGCGUGCAGAAGAUACCAACGUGCUGUCUGCCAUUUCCCCAACGCUGGAUGAGCUUUCUGUGGGUACUGACCUAACAACUCCCAUCGACGAUACUUACGGCCCUGCUCCAUUCUCAAAACCUGGUCCCGCCUCUCUUAUAAGUGCUGUGGAGCCUCUCCGUGCUGUCUCGAUUCCCUUUGAUGACUAUGACUUCGCACCAUACAACGAUGAAAAACUAGAUACUGGCUGUCCUGCGCAACCUGGAGGCGCCUACCCCAUUGUCUUUUCGCAGGCUGAUCCUUCCCGUUGGACGACCUCGAGUGGGGGCUCGAGCAAGACACUGCCAGAGGACCCCUUUCUAGUCCAGACCGCUCUGUUAAAGCAUAGAAGAAUCAGUAGGUCUGCUACGCCGGCUCGUCCUCAAGGCGCGCGAGAAGAUAUCUCGGCGACCACGAACGGCGAACCCUUCCAGCCCGAGUCUUGUCGUCGCACAUACGCUCGUCAAACGUCGCCUGAGAGAUCUCUGGUUGACUAUCUACUACUUUCCCCGGGCACACCUGAAAUCUCGAGAUUUCGUCUUGAACCACACUCGACCCAUAUAUCUCCACAGGCGACUGCUAUGACGGAAGAUCUUGUUGCUUUGUCUAGCCCAAUUGCACCGAUGCCAUUCUCUACUCCAGGGCCUGCUCACCCACGACCUCCGCGACCAAGAGACAUCAGAGUCUAUUUCGACGCCCCUGCAGAGGAUCCUUGCACAUCUGACCCAAUCGAGGAGAGCGAUUACGCACUUGCUCUUGACUAUGAUGCGGGAGAAAAUACGUACGAUCUUGACUCACUGUGCUUCAAAUGGGAGAAGUUCGAUCGCAGCGGCCCUCGCGACAAUGACACGGUGAAUGACAAGGAAGUUUCAACGGACAUACGCAAGGCCGAACAAGGCACCAACGGCGCAGUGAGGCGUGAAUUUGGACCCGUAUACGAGGCGGACCUUCCUCAAACACCUGUCCUCGAAGCGGAGAAUGGGCGAUCGUCUUCUACUUUGGGAUUCUCUCCAACCGACGGCAACGACGAGCCUAUUAGGAAAAAUGCAACCUGGAUUUUGCCUCCGCGCUCUCAAGUCCGUACCGGCACGCCAGUACAUAAUACCCUACAGGAGACUAGCGAUCAAAGCAGCAUCGAUCGGGUCAUAUCUUCGCCAGCUGGGCAGGUCUUCGCUCCUGCGCCGGGUAUCUUCCUCUCUCCUCUGCGCGGACAAGAUGGCCAGUCGGAGGACACUCUUGAUGGAAACAGAACAGAAGCAGGAGCCGAUGCGCACAAAACAUCCGAGGCUGCCGAGAGCGGAUCCCACACGUCCGUAAACGAAGCUCAAAGGGGCAAACAAAGAUAUUCAGAUGCCGGUCAAGCCAGUACUUUGAGAGAUUUCCUCAAAGCCGGACGCCCAGAACAGAUACAUACCAUAGAGAAAAAGGAAGACCAGGACUUACGUUCCGGAAGUUUGGAGGAGCCGGACGAUGUGCAAGAAGACUCUGCAUCUUCUAAGACAAGUGCAUCUCAGGAGUCCCGCGAUACGAUCGAAUCGUGGACGGAAUAA